UAAUUCCCUACAUGCUGCCUUCAUCUUCCCCUGCAAACACAAAAAUGGCUUUAGCUUUUCGUUCUUCAAUUUCUUUCAUCAACCAGAAAGAACCCAAAACUUCCGACGUCGUCGUCUCUGCUUCAGUCUCCUUCGCCAAAAUAAAGCCAUCGCUCCGCCUGCGAGCCAUGCACUCAAACUCGACGCCCGAAUCACAGGCCAAACGGCACAGUGAUCAUCAUCAUCAACACCAUGCGAGGAGGACGAAGGAGAAGUGGGAGAAAGUACACGCGCCGUCGUCUGUGCAUGGUCACAAUCACGACCACAAGGAGUGGAUGAAGGUGCCCGUGUUCGUGAUGCUGCCGUUAGACACCGUGACAAUGGGAGGGACUUUGAAUAAGGCAAAAGCGAUGAAUGCGAGUUUGAUGGCCCUCAAGAGCGCAGGAGUUGAAGGAGUGAUGGUGGAUGCUUGGUGGGGUUUGGUGGAAAAAGAUGGCCCUUUGAAUUAUAAUUGGGAUGCUUAUAUUGAGCUCGCCAACAUGGUGCAGAAACAUGGCUUAAAGCUUCAGGUGGUCAUGUCUUUCCAUCAGUGUGGAGGCAAUGUCGGAGACACCUGCAGCAUCCCUUUACCGCCAUGGGUGCUUGAAGAAAUCAGCAAGAACGCGGACCUGGUUUACACGGACAAAUCAGGGAGGAGGAAUCCUGAGUAUAUCUCGUUAGGCUGCGACUCACUGCCCGUGUUAAGAGGAAGGACGCCUGUUCAGGUCUAUAGUGAUUACAUGAGGAGCUUCCGCGACACUUUUAGAGAUCACUUGGGCACUGUUAUUGUGGAAGUUCAAGUGGGAAUGGGUCCUUGUGGGGAGCUGCGAUAUCCAUCUUACCCAGAAAGCAACGGAACUUGGAGGUUUCCAGGAAUAGGGGAAUUUCAAUGCUAUGACAAGUAUAUGCGAGCAUCUUUGGAAGCAUCAGCAGAGGCCAUCGGAAAGAAAGAAUGGGGAAGAAGCGGACCGCAUGACGCUGGCCACUACAAUCAAUUCCCAGAGGAGACUGGAUUCUUCAAAAGGGACGGAACGUGGAACACCGAGUACGGACACUUCUUCUUGGACUGGUACUCCACCAAACUGCUCCAACAUGGCGACGUGAUCCUCGCAUCUGCCAGUGAAAUUUUCCAACAUUGUGGGGUCAAACUUUCCGGGAAAAUUGCCGGAAUCCACUGGCAUUACAGAUCAAGGUCGCAUGCUUCUGAGCUAAAUGCUGGAUACUACAACACUAGAUUCCGUGACGGCUAUCUACCAAUAGCAAGAAUGCUGGCAAAACAUAGGGUUGUGUUCAAUUUCACCUGCAUGGAAAUGAGAGACAGAGAGCAGCCAGAACAUGCAAAUUGCUCACCAGAAGGGUUAGUUCAUCAAGUGAAGAUGGCAACUAAGGAAGCUGGAGUAGAACUUGCUGGUGAGAAUGCACUGGAGAGAUAUGAUGCACAUUCCUAUGCUCAAGUCUUGGCAACAAGCAGAUCAGACUCGGGCAAUGGAUUGGCUGCAUUUACAUACCUUAGAAUGAAUAAGAAGCUGUUCGAAGGAGAUAAUUGGAGACACCUCGUGGACUUCGUGAGAAGCAUGUCUGAAGACGGUCGGAGACACGGACUUCCACAUUGUGAUUCCAUUGGGACGGACCUGUACGUCGGUCAUAUAAAAGGCACUAAGAAGAAACAAUAUCAAGAUCAACACGUUGCUCUUGUGUGAAUAUUUACGGAGGCAUGUUCAGGCGCCGUGGGGUAUAUAUAUCUUUUAAGAGUACACAGUAAGAUGUUACGGAAACAAAAUCAUAAAAAGACAGAGAAACAGAGAAAAGUGGAAAAGUUGUGACACGAAUACAGAACUGUGGCAUCCGUGUUGUGCCAUGCCAAAACCUGCGAUGGUGGAGAAGAAAUUAUUUUGUUCAUGUCAUGUAUAUAAGUCCAGUGUCAUUGGAUAAAACCUUUAUACCUAAAUAUCCACUGCAUACUGAUAUCGUACUUUAUUCGCGAUGUCGGUUGUUUGGGAGAGACACCCAGGGGGCCACGAAACUCAUUAUAUACAACAAACACUUCACUUCUGUCAUAGAAUAAGAGCAUGUUGUGUUUUCUUGUUUAUAGUUAAAAGCACCAACUUCUCUCUUAAGUA